GAGGCUCCGGGCUACUCAGCGAAAUGGCUGCGUUCCUGCGAGCUCGUAAAUAUGUUCGUUGUGUUGUCCGUUUCUCCGACCGUGAACUGUAAACGCUAGUAUUUUGUGAUUGUGGACACAAAGUUGAGAGACCUAACGGCCUAGCUGCCAUGGCUGAAGAAAAUGCAGAAAUUGCAGGCACGAUUGAGGACGAAGAUGAAGGUUCAGAUGAUCCAAACCUUCAGGUGCAGCUCAACGUGUUCAGAGCUCAGUGGAUGUCAGAACUCAAGCCGGGCUCUGAAGAAAGCGGAACUAGCGAGCGACUGCUGCGCGCUAAAAGCCUGAAGAGGGCACAAGAGAUAGCUCGAGAGGAAAAGGCGGCUGAGCUGUUCUUGAGAGCUGUUGAAGAGGAACAAAGUGGAGCUGUCUAUGAAGCUAUCAAGUUCUACCGCAUGGCUAUGCAGCUCGUUCCAGACAUUGAGUUUAGAAUCAACUACAACCGUCCUGAUGCAGACCGAGCUGGAGGGAAAUACAUGGAGGACAGUGAUGUUGAUGGAGAGAUCGAGGACCUACUUGACUAUUUCGAGCAGCAGCUCACACUGGAAAGCUCCUUUCCAAAGAUCUGCACUCCUGAGCUGGAAAUGACUCGGGUGCACAUUUCAGCCUUGCCACGGGAAAUCCUGAUGUACAUCUUUCGUUGGGUUGUGUCGAGUGAUCUGGACAUGCGCGCCCUGGAGCAGCUCUCUUUGGUGUGCCGGGGGUUUUACAUUUGUGCGAGGGACCCUGAGAUUUGGCACUCAGCCUGUAUGAGAGUCUGGGGACGCAACUGCACCAAAGUCUUACCCUACAAAUCCUGGAGGGAGAUGUUUCUGCAAAGGCCUCGAGUCCGUUUUGAUGGUGUCUAUAUCAGUAAGACGUCGUACAUUCGUCAAGGAGAGGAAUCCCUGGAUGGAUUUUACAGGGCUUGGCACCACGUGGAGUACUACAGGUACCUGCGGUUCUUCCCCGAUGGUAACGUCAUCAUGCUGACCACUCCAGAGGACCCGCUGACGAUUGUCCCACGCUUGCGUACCAAGAAUACCAGAAUGGAAUCUGCUUUAGUGGGUCAUUUCCGUCUGUCACAGGACACAGACAACCAAACCAAAGUUUUUGCUGUUGUUUGCAAGAAAAAAGAGGAGAAAGCGGCCGAGUUUCAAAGGAAUCGGUUCUGCAGGCGGAACCCAGCUCCAGAGGCAGAGCACAACUUCCACGUGGGACUGCAUCUGUCCUCUGGGGGGCGUCAGAGCUUCAGUAAGCUGGUGUGGAUCCACCACUCCUGCCACAUCACUUACAAGCUGACUGGAGAAACUGUGGUCACAACCUUUGACCUGGACAAGAUGUACUCGCCCUUCUUCUUUGCACGGGUGAAGAGUUACACUGCUUUCUCCGAGCAGCCUCUGUGAGGAGACCUGCACACGAAAAGCCCACAACGACCACAGAGAAAGUCCUUCGCUAUGUUCACUAAACGCAUACUCCUCAGCCUUUUUAAUUUGUGCUGCAGCUGGGUAACGGUGUUAAAAGCAUGUUACGUUUCAGGUUUACAAAAUAGAAAUCUACUUAUUUUCUUAUUUCAGAAGUCACACUAAUGUGCUGAGAGCUAAAACUAUUAGCAACCUUCCCACCCAGUAAAAUAAUAAAUCUUCAUGCUGGUUAUGUUUCAUGGUGCACUCUAUCCCUCAAAUAAACUGGUUAACACAA